UUUGCCCCCAAAAUCCAGCUAUCUAAUUUAUUACGGUCGCCGUCUCUCUUUCUCUCUCUACUGACGUAUAUUCUCUCUCUCUUCGAUUUCCCCCUUCUGUCUCGGCGGUAGAGCUCUCCGAUCCCGGUCGAUCGAUUAAUGCAGUUUUUGCUGCAUAGGUCGUGUGAACUUUAAGGAGGAAGGACUUAGAGACAUGAGUUAUACAUCCUAAUAAUGGAUGGAAACUCAAGGUAUGAAUUGAUGUCAGCCAGUUCAGAUACUAAUUUUGCUGGUAACUACCAGAGUAGCCAGAGGGGAUACGCUUCUCCCUCUUUCGGUCGGUCUUCAAGUUUCAGAGAAGGUUCAGAAAGUAGGAAUAUUAGUUCUGGGAAGGCCAAUUCUCGAGGUAGUACCAUUUCACCGGGAGAUGUGCCUUCAUUAUCUCAAUGCCUAAUCUUGGAGCCGAUUGUUAUGGGUGAUCCAAGACAUGCUCGGUCUGGUGAGUUGAGGAGGGUUCUUACUAAUUCAGCUGGGAGCAAUUUGGAAGAAAACUCUUUCGGAUCUGCUCAUCUGAAGAAUUCACCUCCAGCAGCUGUUGAGGAGCUAAAACGAUUAAGAGCAAGUGUUGCAGAUACUUGUUUCAAAGCCAGCGAUCGAGCUAAAAAGUUCGAUGUGCAUUUAACUAAGUUGAGCAAAUAUGUUGAGGCCUUGCCCUCUAAGAAGCCACAGCAGCUGCGGAAUGAGCUGUUGACGAAUGAAAGAUCUAGUGGUGCAACCUUGAAGAUAUCUCAGAUACAUCGGAACUCUUCUGAACUUGGAAGUCAGAAGUUUGAUGACCGGUCUAAGAAUGUUGGUCUCAGUAAGCGAUCGCGUACCUCAGCAACUGAACCCCGGGCAGAAUGCAGGAAUAACGCAGUACUGCGCCAGCCUAUGAUAGUUACAAAAGAAAGGGACAUUCUAAAAGAUAAUAUUGCAGAUUCUGAUAUGGUUGAGGAAAAAAUAAGAAGGUUGCCUGCAGGUGGAGAAGGAUGGGAUAAGAAAAUGAAAAGGAAACGGUCUGUUGGUGCGGUAUCUUCAAGAUCCCUUGACAAUGAUGGUGAACCGAAACGCAGCAUGCAUAAUAAGCUUUCUAUUGAUUCUAGCAUGCUCCCUGCUGAUUCUGCCCAUGGUUUUAGAUCAGGAUCUUCGAGCGGUAAUAAGCUAGAGCCUAUGCCAUCUCCUGUUGGUUCUACUCCCCGGCUAACUUUCAAAAGUGAACAAGAAAAAUCAAUGCUCUCAAGGGAUGUGUCCACGGGACAAAUAAAGGAGCGACCUCUGGGAAAAGUAAAUGUUAAGUUGAAUAAUCGUGAGGAGAACCAUACCAUGUCAUCUAGUCCAAUUGUAAAGGGAAAGGCUUCAAGGGCACCACGGAGUGGCUCUAUGGCUGCUGCCAAUGCUCCUCGUGUGGCUGAAACUCUGGAGAGUUGGGAACAGGGCCAAGUUGCGACUAAAAACACUUCCAUUGGUGGCCCUAACAAUCGCAAGCGUCCCUUACCUUCAGGAUCAUCCUCUCCCCCAAUAACUCAAUGGGUUGGUCAGAGGCCACAGAAGAUGUCACGAACAAGGAGAACAAAUCUUAUCCCAGUAUCAAACAGUGAUGAAGUACAGAUGCAAUCUGAAGGGUGUUCUCCUACGGACUUUGGUCCGAGGAUAAGCAUUGGUGGGAUCAACUCUUCCCUUCUUACCAAGAGUUCAGCUAAUGGAAGCCAAAAUUUUAAAGUAAAAUCUGAAAAUAUUUCAUCUCCAGCCAGAUUGUCUGAAAGUGAAGAAUCUGGUGCUGGUGAGAGCAGACUAAAUGAUAAAGGUGUGGGAAGUUGGAAUCAGGAAGAAAGGACUGCAAAUGCAGGGCCAAAUGUUGGGCCAUCAACAAUCCCGAUAAAAAAGAAUAAAAUUGUUGCCAAAGAAGAUAUUAGUGAUGGUGUGAGAAGGCAAGGGCGCAGCGGUCGAGUUUCACCAUUUUCUAGGGCUAGCAUUUCACCAACAAGAGAAAAAUUGGAUACUGUGGUGGCAACUAAGCCUCUUCGAAAUCCAAGGUCUGGUUCUGAGAAGAGUGGAAGCAAGUCCGGUCGUCCUUUGAAAAAGCUGUCAGACCGCAAAAACUUUUCUCGUCUUGGCCAUAUGACAAAUGGGGGAUCUCCUGAUUGCAGUGGGGAAUCAGAUGAUGACCGAGAAGAACUCAUGGCAGCUGCCAAUCUGGCCUGCAACUUUAGCUUCAAAGCAUGUUCAAGUGCCUUCUGGAAGACAUUUGAGGCAUUGUUUGCUUCUAUUGGUCUUGAUGAAAAAUCAUACUUAUCACGAGAGCUAAAAUUGGCUGAAGAGUCAUGUACAAGUUUGUCUCAGUACCGGAGUAAUGGGAACUUUGAUCAGGAAGAUUAUUGCCGUAAGGAUAUGCCAGCUUCUGGCUCUGUUUCUUUCAGAAGCAACCAUUGCUCGAAUUCUUUGGAUAGGAUGGAUUCUGUUGAGCAGCAUCAGAACUCCUCUGUAGGUGGGUCCUCAGAUGCAGAGAAAAGAUUUGGCAGAAGUACUCCACUUUAUCAGAGGGUACUAUCUGCUCUCAUCGUGGAAGAUGAAAUUGAAGAGUUUGAAGAAACUGGAUUUGGGAGACCAAGGAAUUCAGCUAAUAAUUCAUACUUCCUCUCUGAAACUGAAAGUCAGCAUAUGAGCAACUUAGACUUCUCCGAGCCAGUAAUUGGUGCUCACACAAGGAAAAAUGGUAAUGCGCAUAAGAUUUUUCCUUGUAAUGGGAAUAUGGAUGUGGAUAGGAGCCCCAGUGCUCAAGAUUAUAUGUGUAAUGGUGAUCUGACACAAAAAGAUGGUUUCAUGCACUCAGAGGUUGAAGUUUUGGUUAGGCUUUCAGGAUUUGAGCAUGCUCCACAAAGCCUGCUUCCGAAUAAUAGUGGCAUUUCUCCCGUAGAUUUUCAAUAUGAGCAGAUGGGUGUUGAAGAAAAGCUUGUAGAAGAACUGCGGAGCAUUGGCCUGUUCCUGGAAGCUGUGCCUGCAUUGGAUGACAAAGAAGAUGAGGGAAUCAACCAUAAAAUUGCUCGGUUGGAGAAGGGACUUCUUGAACAGGUCAUCUUGCAUGAUAUCAUUUUUCUCAGAGUUAUUCUUGCUCGAUAUCAUUAAGAUAUAGUACAUUUCUGUGAAUUUGUU